UGUAGUUUGAUCCUUACAGUGUUCAGUUGUAGUGCAGUGAUCCUUUUCAAAAUGAAGGCCUACAUCGCAGUUCUCUUCCUGGCAGCCUCAGUUCUGGCGGAUCCCGAACCGAGCAAAGUUGUCCAGAAGCGAAGUGGCCUGGUCGGUCAUUUUGGAGCUCCCCUGAUUGGUCAUGGAUUGGCUUUGGGUCAUGGAUACGCGGGACAUCUAGCAGGACCCAUCGCCGCGGGACAUUUAGCAGGGCCCAUUGCCGCGGGACAUUUAGCCGGACCAAUCGCCGCUGGCUAUGCUGCGGGACCAUUCGUGGGAGGACCUGUUGGAGCAGCCAUAGUAGGAGCUGAUGUUCACACGACUGUCACGAAACAUGUUGGUGUCCCUGUGCCUGCACCUUAUCCUGUUCCUGUGGAUAGACCUUACCCUGUUGCCGUAAAGGUGGCAGUCCCCGUACCCGUAGACCGUCCCUACGCUGUGCCUGUCCCCAAGCCCUACCCGGUCACCGUUGAGAAGCACGUCGCUGUCCCUGUCGACCGUCCCGUGCCUGUGCCUGUACCUCAUGCUGUGCCUUACCCCGUCAUUAAGCAAGUCGGAGUUCCCGUCCCCCAGCCCUACCCAGUAGCCGUGCCAAAACCAGUAGCCGUGCCAGUACCAGCCCCAGUCGCCGUCCCAGUAGUCAAGUCCUACGCUAGCGCCCCCAUCAUCCACGAUUUCCACGGACAUGGAUAUGGCCACGCCCACGCAUUCCACUCAUCAAAACUUGGAUGGUAAACUGUACAAUGGCGUCACUCGCACGUUGACAAAUUAAAAUUAAAAAAAAAAUGUGUGUGUAGCAAACUUUGUAGAAGUAUGAAGGGAGUUUACGCCAUAUUCUCAAAUGAUUGUGAGUCGUAUAGCCCUGUGAUAAGGUGUUUUUAAGUAGUAUGGAUUUUUUAGGUUUUAAUUUGUCAUCAAGCGAGUUGUCUAAAUAACGAUAUGUUUAUGUUAAGGCAUUUUCAUAUGGGAUUAUUGUUUGAGUCAGAACGUUUUUAUGUGAUGUAGAUAAGUGUAGUUUUAUGUGUGAGUGUGUGAUGCAAAGAGCUUAUAUCUACUGUGUGUAACUUGAGAAGUACUUGAUCAAAGAAAGCGACCAAGAAAUGACGUCAUUCAUAUAAGUUCAGGUUCACAAA